CUAAGUUGAACAUUAGUCCCCGACAAGAUCGAAUCCAAUACCUCCCAGUCCUAAUAUCUUAUUGAGGAUAGCAGUUCGUAGCAGUUGUAUUUGGAAGUCGCUUAGCGUCAGGUGCCUGAAUGCGAAGCUUUCUAGCCCCGAAGCUUGAAUUCGGUGGGACAUCGAACCGACCGGAAUAUAAAUACAGGUAAGGUCCUCAUGUGUUCGCAAUGAGUAUUAUUUAUAUUUUUCUUUCUUCACUACAAUACACCACAACAGUACAAUCUCUAUAUUGUAAAUCUCUGCUCAAUUCAGCGAAAUCAAGCCCAGUGUGAUAAAGUCAUCCCUUCCCACUCCCUGUCGGAGCAGACUGGGAACUUGUUCGAGAAUCAUGGUAUCACUUACCACCGUCACGGCUCAAAACACCGCCUUCCUCUCAACGCACCCACUCGUCGCCGUCGUAGUAGGUGGGACCUCCGGUAUAAGCGAAUACGCCAUCCGCUCCCUCAUCACCACCCACGCCUCCCUCCUCUCAUCUUCCUCAUCGUCACCAUCCUCCUCACCACCUUCUCUUCGCAUCUACAUAAUCGGGCGCAACGCUACCGCCGCCCAGAAAACUAUCACAGACUGCAAAGCGAUAUGUCCCGGGCCAGAAUUCGAGAUCAUCUUUGUUAAAGCGGAGGAUUUGAGUUUGUUGAAAGAUGUUGAUAGGGUGUGUGAGGAAAUUGUGAAGUUGGAGAGGGAGAAGGAGGGGAAUGGAAGAGGGAAGGCGAGGGUAGAUUGGUUGGUCAUGAGUCAGAGUAAUUCGGUGCAGAGUUUUAAUGGGAGGAAACUUACAAGCGAGGGCCUUGACGUCCAAUUCUCUCUACACUACUACUCACGAAUGCGUUUCGUCACCCAACUCCUUCCUCUGCUCCUAAACUCCACACACCCCCGCGGCGCUCACAUCACAUCUAUAUAUGCCGCCGGUAUGGAAGCCACUCUCCACGCUAACGACCUCUCUCUCCGCCAACCUACGAACUACACAUUCGCCACUGUCCGCUCUCACGUCGCAUAUAUGACGACACUAUUCUUCGAAUCCCUAGUUCAGAGACAUCCAGGUAAAUUGGUAGCUACUCAUGUCUUCCCGGGACUCGUAAUUACGCCGGGGAUGUAUCUAGCUGGGUAUCCGUUUUGGUUUAGAGUCUUGAGAGGGGUGUUUGGAGGACUGGGAGUAAUGAGAUUGGUUAGUAUGGGAAGUGGAGAGGCGGGGAGUAGGAUGGUUUGGACGAUGGCCGGGGAGGAGUUCGUUUGCAACGGGGACGGAAAAGUGGAUGGAAAGGGAGGACAGGGAAUAAUGGCGGGGACGGACGGGGUAAAAGGUGGAGGUGCGUAUGCGGUUGGGAGGCUUGGGGAUGUUAUUGAAACCGAAAAAGCUUACAAAGAAGUUCGGAAGGGAGAUUUGAAGGAUAGGGUUUGGAAGUAUACAUGGAAUGCUUUUGAGGUCAUCGAGCGGGGCGAGGUGUUUGAGGAUUAACAUUUUUAUUUCAAGUACAAGAAGUUGUCAUAAUCGUCCCAGACAAGAAAUCAAAAACAAGCGAGCUCUAUGGGAUUUACGGAUACUAUUUUGCGCUAUGGUUGAAGAG